UUCUGAACUAAGGUUGUGUUACCACCACUACCCCAACCCCCCACCCCCUAACACUCCGACCCCUCUUGGUAUCUGCCCUGCGCUUCACUCGGCCUAGGUACCUGGGAACCUGGGAUUCUCUUCCUGGUCCUGUCACCAGUGGCUCGCUGCUGCUGCGGGGAGCUCCGCACUGAGGACACGGGGGUCCAGAACAGGAAAUGGGUUCUGUAUCAUUUGAGGACAUCUCUUUGGACUUCACCUGGGAUGAAUGGCAGGAUCUUGAUGCUGCUCAGAGGUCACUCUACAGGGAUGUGAUGCUAGAGAACUACAGCAGCCUCAUGUUCUUGGGAUACUGCAUGACAAAACCUGAGUUGAUCUUCAAGUUGGAGCGUGGAUUUGGGCCAUGGAGUGUAGUGGAAGCCUCUCUUCAGAGCCUUCCAGGUGUUCAUAAAAUGACCACCCCAAUUGAGAAUCACCAGGAAUAUCACAAUGGAUUUUUGUGGCCAGUUGAAAUCACCAACAGCCAGACAUCAAAUGAAGAAAUUGUUGAAGCAGAACUGAAUGUGGCACAGAAAUUCCACCAAGGGACAACAUCUUAUGAAGGGAAAGGAUGCUUGAAGAUGUUUUGCAAGAAGUCACAGGACACAGGGCAUCACAGGACAUGUAAGAACCGUUUCAAUUUUAAAUCACUCCUCAACAACUGUCAGAGUCUUAAAGAGGAGACAUCCUGUGCACAUAGACAGUGCACAAAUACAUUCUCUUGGAAGUCACACUUCACUGAGCAUCAGAGAAGUUGUAUAGGUGGGAAGCCACAUGAAAGUUCAGGAUGUGGGAAAGCUUCCCACAUCAAUUCUCAGCAUCAGAUCACUCCUACAGAGGAGAAGCCCUACAAAUGUCUGGAAUGUGGGAAAUAUUUCUACUACAAGUCACAAAUCACUGAGCAUCAGAGAAGUCAUACAGGUGAGAAACCUUAUGGGUGUAUAGAAUGUGGAAAAUCUUUCAGCUAUAAGUCACAUCUCACUGUACAUCAGAGAAGUCAUACAGGGGAGAAGCCCCAUGAAUGUACAGAAUGUAGCAAAGUUUUUUACUAUAAGUCACAACUCACUCGACACCAGAGAAGUCAUACAGGGGAGAAGCCCUAUGAAUGUGUUAAAUGCGGAAAGUCUUUCUACUGUAACACACAUCUUUCUCUACACCAGAGGAUUCAUGUAAGUGAGAAACCUUAUGAGUGCACAGAGUGUGGGAAAGCCUUCUCUUUCAGUGCAUGCCUCACUCGGCAUCAGAGGACUCAUACAGAUAAGAAGCCGUAUGGAUGCACACAAUGCCCCAAAGCUUUCUACUUUAAGAAACAACUUACUCAUCAUCUGAAAACACAUACUGCUGAGAGGCGCUUUGAAUGUAAACAAUGUGGAAAAGCAUUCUACUGGAGGUCUAACCUGACUUUACAUCAGAAAAUUCAUACUGGUGAGAAGCCUUAUGAAUGUAAGCAAUGUGGAAAAGCAUUUUACUGCAAGUCCCACCUGACUGUGCAUCAGAGAACUCAUGUGAGUGACAAGCUCUAUCAGUGCACAGAAUGUAGGAAGGCAUUCUACUCUCAGACACAGCUUACUGUGCAUCAGAAAACUCAUACUGAUGAGAAGCCCUAUGCAUGCAAGCAAUGUGGAAAAGCCUUCUACAGCAAGUCUGGGCUUACGGCACAUCAGAAAACUCAUACAGGCGAGAAGCCCUAUGAAUGUAAAGAGUGUGGAAAAGCAUUCUAUAACAAGUAUUUGCUCAUUGAGCAUCAUCGAGUUCAUACAGGCGAGAAGCCAUAUCAAUGCACAGAAUGCAAGAAAACAUUCCAUUGCAAGAAGUAUCUUUCUCUCCAUCAGAAAACUCAUGCAAGUGAGAAGUCAUUUCAUUGUGCAGUAUGUGGGAAAGCUUUUUCGUGGCUGUCACACCUCACUCAACAUCAGAGAAUUCAUACAGGUGAGAAACCUUAUACAUGUGAACGGUGUAGGAAAGCAUACUACUUCAAGAAGCAACUCACUCGACAUGAAAGAACUCAUAAACAUGAGAAAUCACUAAAUGCAAAUAAUGCAGGACAUUUCACAGCAAAUACAGCUUCUCUGUGUAUGAAAGAACUCAAAGGAGAAACCCUGUAACUGCACCCAAUGCAGAAAUUUUUCUUCCUCAUGUUACACCUCACUCAAAGUCAGAUGAGAAAGCCUAAGAGUGGAAAGAAUCCAUGAAAUCUUACUAAAGUAUAUAAUCAGAAAGCUUAUAAAGUAUAUAAUCAGGUGAGAAUCUGAUUAAUGUACAAACUAUGGAAACUUAACUGUUAUUCUACCAAUGAACACAUACCACAAAGAGACGUGAUUAAAGAUUGUUGGAAGGCAUGCUACCACAGUGCUCUCUGUAAGAGAAGCCAUACAUGUGAAUGUCUCCUAUGAAGUUAAAAAAUGUAGAAAAACUGUGUCAUUCUUCAGGUUACUUGAGUAUAUUGUAGGUGAGUAAUACCUAAUGUAAAGAACAGAGGGAAGCUUUUUAACAUUAAACUCUAUAAAUUCACACCUGAAAACUUAUGCAGGUGUGGGGCCCAAUGAAAUUAAUAAAAAUAGAUACUUUUUGAAAUAGAAAUCAGGCCUCUACAUUAGAAACUUCAUAUGUGAUAUGCCAGGUACAGCAAAAAGUGUAAUGUUUUCAAUUCUAGAGCCUCAUCCUGCAGGUUUAUUGAGACACCUUAGCAACUUAGUUAUCAUUCCAUAUGGUUAAAAGCAGUAAAGCCUUGAAGCACCCCAUGUCAUUGCAACCCAUGUGUUUGAAACAGUAAGAAUAUGAAGAAUGUUAAAACUUUUUAAUUGAACUUGAAAUUCAUCUGGAAUUAGAAACCCAAUAGAGGUGAUUAAACAGAGGAAUCCAAUUUGAAAACACGUCAGUAGUCCAACUGAAUUUAUGACCAAGAUUCACCAACAUAUUGUAGAUGUAAGGAUUCUAGAACAGGCAUUCACCCAUGCUCCCACCAUACCAGCCAUCAGAUAACUUAUGAAAGUGAGAGCACAUUUGAAGUUUAAAAGUUAACUUGUCUUAAUUGUGGCUCAGUGGCAGUAUGAGUUUUGUACUUUAUGUCUACACAUAAAAGUUUUCAUGUGUUAUCUCGAUUUAGAAUUUUAUCAUUCAUGGGGAAUUUGUAAAUCAGUUAAAAUUGUCUACAAGCAUUAAUGUCUCAUCAGACAUGAACAUUUUGAAUGUGUCACAUUUUUGUAAUUGUUUAGUUAGGAGACAAAAAUCUUGAUGUGUAGCUUGAGUGUCCUCUGGCUUCUGCAUCUGCAUAGUUAUAUACCCACACAUGGAAACAGAACAUGUACACACAGUAGAAAAAUACCAAAUUUUGUUAUAUGUUAGGAAAUUAUAUAAAAAACAUCAGUAGGGCUGGAGAGAUGGCUCAGCGGUUAAGAGCACUGACUAUUCUUCCAGAGGUCCUGAGUUCAAUUCCCAGCAACCACAUGGUGGCUCACAACCACCUUGAAUGAGAUCUGGUGCCCUCUGCUGGCAUGUGGGCAGAAGAUUGUAUACAUAAUAAAUAAAAUCUUUAAAAAAAAAAACCCCAAAAAACCAUCAGUAUAUGUCAUUAUCAUGUUAAUUUUCAAAUGGAAUUUUGCUUAAAUGUCUAUUGAAAAUUAAAAUGUUCAACUAUAACCCAAUAAAGAAACAUAAUAAUAAUGUUCCUUGCCAAUAUCCAUUAGGCAACUUUUUAUUUAUUUAUUUCUUUUGUUUUUGUUCGUUAUUAUAGUGCUUUGGAUCAAAACCACAGACUCAGGCAUUGUAGGCAAGUGCUGUAUCCUGAGUUAUAGGUCCCUGGGCAACAUUUAAUGGAUUUUUGGUUAUCACUGGGACUUUGUGUUAAAACUAACUUAUUAAAGGCCAUACAUACAAAAAUAAAUAAAGGCCAUACAUACAUAAGUAUCUGUGCUUUUUGAACAUUAGACUUCAAAUGAGGGCUUCAGCAUAACCACAUAGAAUAUGUGAAGUUUUUCUAAAAAUAGAGCAACUGAAGGUCAGAGUAUACCUUAGUAAUAGGGCAUAUGCCUCUGCAAGUAUACUUUGUAACUGUAAUCCUCAGCACACACAAAGAAUAUAGACAGAUUUAAAGAUAGGAAACGUGGAAGGUACCAGAUUUGUUCUUCAAAGUCAUGUCUUUGUGACCUUGACCAACUAUGCUAUACAUUCUAAAUUUUAAAAUACUUCCCCAAGUAGUGCCACAACUUGAAGAUUCAAAUACUCAGAACAUAAACAUUAAGCAGACAUUCCAAGUAGCUACACAGCACAUAGUGACUAUAUCCCCAAAUUGUUAAAUUACUCAAUAUUUCAAAGAAGAUAAACAAAAUAUGUAAAGUUUUUAGGAAUAAAUAACACAUUUUAAUCAGAAUAAAAUAUGCACAGUAGAUAACAUCAUAAAAAUGAGAGGCACAAUAUCAAUGAAAUAACUCUUAAGUAAAGUUGGAAAAGUAAAAAUGAGAUACAGAGUUUUGUGUUUAGCAAAGUAUACUUUAAAUAACUAAGUAGAGGACACAAUGCAAUUCAAGUUAUAUAUGAUUUUUCACAAAAAAUAAAAUUGGAAAUAUUA